GUAUCAAUUCGCUGGUACUCAGCUUUCUUUAUAGUCCAACUUUCACAUCCAAUCUGGCUCUUGACAUACAUGUGCUUCGCCGGCACACAGAUGCUGCUGGGCCCUCUGGAGGGAGAUGAGACCAGGCUUAAGACAUAAAAAGCUCGGCACCACAAACAGCUCUGGACUGGGGAAGAAGCAGCAGCCCGCCUGAGCGGCAGCUGCCAUCCAUGAGAGAGGAGGGCUCACUGCAGCCUCCAACAGCAGGGCCUGGUCAUGGCCAGUCCCCCACCGUGCGCACCCCCGGCUUUCUCUCUCCAUACUGAGUUUUCUCCUUAGCACCCUCAAGUUCCACCUGGACAUGGCCUGCUUCCUCCCCCUGGCACUCACGGGAACUGUCAUACCCCUAAGGCUGGACACGGGUGAUCAGACGGUGAUCUGGGCAGUGCUGAGGACAGCAGAAGCCAAGGCAGCCACCCAGCCACAGCGGCCCUGACCCGGCGCCUCCACCUCCUUUGUCCGCGGGGGAGGGGGCUCUGGAGGGCAGACCGCAGCCACCGUGUGCCUCGGCCAGCCGCCUUGGAUGGGGGCUUCCUAGCUGGACCCCAGGAUAGGGGGGGCCCUGGCUGCUCCCCACCGCCCGCCAGCCUGUGGGGUAGCGUUUCCCGCGGCGGGCCGGUCAGCCGGGCGGCGGCGGGGGCUAUUAAGCGGCGGGGCGCCCACCCUUGAAGCAGGAGUCCGAGCGAGGAGACGGCGCUGGAACCCAUGGACACGUCGUACCCCCGCGAGGACCCCCGGGCCCCGACGCCCCGCAAGGCCGACGGCAACACCCACACGGCCCUGACGCUGGGGGCGCCCCGACCCCCACCUCGAGACCACUUGAUCUGGUCUGUGUUCAGCACCCUCUACCUGAACCUGUGCUGCCUUGGCUUCCUGGCGCUGGCCUACUCCAUCAAGGCCCGAGACCAGAAGGUGGCUGGAGAUCUGGAGGCAGCCCGGCGUCUCGGCUCCAAAGCCAAGUGCUACAACAUCCUGGCCACGAUGUGGGCGCUGGUGCUGCCACUGCUGCUGCUGGCGCUGGUGGUGACCGGCGCCCUGCACCUGUCUCGGCUGGCCAAGGGCUCCGCCGCCUUCUUCAGCACCAAGUUCGAUGACUCCGACUAUGACUGACGGGCUGGGCCCUGUCCCUGUCCUGAUCAGGGAUCCCAACCCCGGGGCUCUACCCCAGCCCCCUGGAACCCUGACCAUCUACAGGCUGAGGCCCACCCCCGCCCUAGCCCGGGCACCUAACACUGACUCUGAAGGUCUUCUGCUCGGGCCUCAGGGGCUUCCCCUCAGCUUGAUGCCCCCAGUUCCCUAACCCCCGGCCCUCAGGCCAGCUCCUCCCUUCCCACUCACCAGGCUCAGCUAUUCAAUUAAAAGGACCUGGUUCCAGAAAGUGCCUUCUGGGACUGUUCCUGGCUGGGGCUGGGGAGGGUGUCUUCCUGAGGGGAGCUCCCCUGGGGACCACCACAGCCAAGUCCCCCUGGACUCCCCCAGCAUCUGUGGUGGGCCACCCUGGCCCGCUGGCUUGGCCCUGCCCUGACUGUCCCCUUUGCUCAGGCAC